AUGGAUUUCGAGAGGAUGCAGAGGCCGAACAUUCAGGUGGGGAUUGCGUUUCCCCUUUCUCAUCUUCCUCCGUGGACGAUGUUUUGCGGCGGUGGUGCGGUUUCUUCUCCUCGUCCUUGCACUCGUCUUCGUCCGCGAGGCCGACAUUUCCCGGGGGAUCUACCGGCGAAAAUCUGACUCAGUUUUCCCGCAGUUAUCUAUCGUGUCCUGGAUAUUCGACUGUUCUGUUGUCCAUUUGUCGACUACCUGUGCUGGGAAACGGCGUGGCAAUUGUAAAUUUUGUGUGGAUGGGAGGGGGAGGGGUUUGGUAGAGGCCUGAGGUCUGACGAUCUGAUUCUUCAGUAUGGAAUGUUCUUGAGCGGUGCGAAGUUCGAGCCCCUCGUUGUUAGGCCGCUCGAUUUAUGUAGUUUUUGACUUGUCUUUCUCUGGUUCUUUUUUUUUUUUUUUUUGUAUGUCAUGUAGGAAGAUGCGAGUGGCGGCGUCUCUCCGAGCAAGUUGCGUCGAGUACUCCUCGGAGUGGAGGGUAGGCGGAAUGAAGAGGGAGAGCACGACUCCCGGUGCUCUCUGAGAUCCGAGUAUCCCGAGGUUGACGACACAAGUAAGAACAUUCCCUGGCUUUCUCCUCUCAUCUCAUCGCCUUAGAUUUGGGACUCUUUAUGUCUCUGCUUUCGAGAGAAAGUUGAGGAUCAGAUUUGCAGGUGCGAGUUCGUCUGAGACCUUCAAGGAUGUAGACAUGCUUUUCUCGCUCCCUGAUUUCUCCACCGUGACUGCGGAUACGGCAUACUAUUAUCAGCGGUCACAAGCCCUCAACCUGGGCAACGUGAGAGCCCCUGGAUCCCACGAAGGUGACUUCCACGGACCUGACAAUGCUUCUGCCUUCGAGUUCCAGAGGGUGGAGCGAGCUCAGCAUCGUUCCUCCAUGCCGUUAUUUUCCAAAUCCGCGCCAUCUAAGUGGGAUGACGCCCAGAAAUGGAUAGCGAGCCCCACUUCCAAUCGCUCCACUAAGGUUACAGGGUCUCAGCUUAGGAAGACUGGUGGAGGAACGAUGGGCCAUGGAAGCAGGCUAUUUGCUGCCAAGUUGCUGGAAUUCUCAGAAGAGGCUGACUCUAAAGCUACUGAUUCUGGUCAAUUUAAAAAGGAACUUUCCAUGCAGAGAACCAUGGACUGGACGCCUGACCUUUUUCCUGCAGCAGAUCCAUAUUCUAAGGCUAGCAUUAUCCUUGAGAAUCCAUUUGCUGAUUCUGCUGGUGAGCUGGUGAAUCUCUAUAUUAUUUUCCUUGUGCAUUUCUUGAUGAUGUUUCUUCGGACUUUUCUAUUAUUUUCAUUUUAUUUCUCCUAAGCCCUCCUCUUAUUAUUCAUAAAUCCUCUCAAUUUUAUGACUUUUUUAAAAAAAGUAUCAAGUAAUUAGCAAUUGGAACGUUAAAAUUUUGUACAAAACGGAUAUCAGAAAAUACUUCAUUUCACCGUCAAUUUACCUACGAAAUGGCAUGCAAAAGGGAAGAGGGGAUUGAGGGUGGAAGUGUCUAAUUACGAUCUUUUUGACUGCCUGAUUUGUGUGAGUUUACUUGCUCUCACUAUGCGAAUUUUGCAAGAAGCAAUGCUGCAGGAUAUCUCUCAUCUGCACAAAAUCGCUGAAUGAAAAGUCAAAUUGCGGUUUUAAUUUUUUUAUCUUCGAAAUUUAUAUAUUUUAAAUAAAACUAUAAUCUGCCCGAGUGCGUCCUUGCCAUUUUUUUCAUCUUUACUUAUUACUGACAUUAAUGUUUUGCGGAUAAUUUUAUGGGAAGUUUUCCCCUUAUUUUCUAUUAUUUGUGAUUUCUCACCGUUCCAUUUUUCAAUGGUGAUAAUCUCCAAAAAUCUCAUUUAAGUUCAGAUUUCACAUGAAGGUUUUCAAAAUUUCACAAAAAAAUUGGCAUAACAUUGCGUACGUUUUUAUUUUUGUAUGUAAAUUCUGGCAGUUGGUCAGAGUCAACAAGAUUCGUCAUCAUUCAUCCAAAGUUCUGCUCCAUUCACAGCUCUUCCAUCAACUGUCAGAUCGGUGUCCAUGAGAGAUACGGGCACUGAGAUGACACCCACUGCAAGCCAAGAGCCUUCAAGGACUGGAACACCCGCGAGAGAUGCGACCCCAAUUCGGGGUCCUACUUUAUCAAGACCAUCGAGUCCGGGCAGAACAGCACCUUGCUCUAGUCCCAUUAACCCAAUUGAUCCUCUGGAGAAUUCCAAGAACAAAGAGUUGUCUGAUAACGAACUGCAAAUGAAAACCAGGAGGGAAAUCAUGGCUCUUGGGACGCAACUUGGAAAACCCAAUAUUGCUGCGUGGGCGAGCAGAGAGGCGGAUGACAGAUCCACGUCGGAUGGAAUAAAAUCUGUAGCUGUUGAACAAUCUGUUCAAAGCAUUAUUGAGAUCCGUGCAGCCGCUUGGGAGGAAGCAGAGAAAGCCAAGUACCUAGCAAGGUAAGCUAGAGUAUGAGAUCAUCAUACUUUGACCGGUUCACUCUGUCAUUUCCGUCUACAUCCCCCGAGGAUUCAGACGCAAUGUUGAUUCUUUAAGGUUCAAACGCGAGGAGUUUCAGAUCCAAGCGUGGGAAGAUCAUCAGAAAGCGAAGGUGGAAGCUGAAACAAGAAAAGUCGAGGUAUUGCUCGUCACCUUUGGGGCAUCAUGCUCACCGAUGCGGUUGCUUUGUGUUCAAUCAACCUACUUUGAAAAGCCCAAUGCAUGCUGGUUUGACAUCUCUACCUGGAUUAUGAGUCAAACUCCACUUUUUAUAGUAACUGGUGACUGCUUGAUUUAAUUUAGCCACAAGACAUCGGGCAACAUACCCUCCUUCCCCAACCGUCAACCAGUCAGGAUUCAGAUAUGAGAUGCAUUCUGCAUAUCUUGGAAUUUGAUACUCUGUUUAGACUACUGCUCUAGUAUUCUAAUGUGAGAUGCGUUCUGCAUAUCUUGCAUAUCUUAGAAUUUGAUACUCUGCUUAGAAUACUGUUCCAAUAGAGGUAUUGUUGCAUGAACUUAUCUUAACAAAUAUAUAUUAAAAUAUAUGUGCUUUUAAAGACUAUUAUAUUUUAUUUUUUACGUUUACCCCAGAUUAGGUUUCCAGUUCACAGAUUCGGAUUCAUAUCUUAUUGUAUGAUACUAUCUACAAUACUGUACUGUUCCAGUGGAACUUUUCCUUUGCUUUUUUAAGAACUUAUCUCGCCAAAGACGUAGAUAUACUUUUAAAGAUGAUAUUUUUUUUCUUUUUCCAUCUUACCCUAGAUCAGAUUUCCCACUUUCAGCCGUAGAAUGCCCGUCUUAGAUUCUGGUCAACCCCAAUAAAAAACCCAGCUUCCACUGGAUUGAUUCCGGUUCCAAUGUUAAUGUGACACCAGGCGGUCUCCCGACUCAUACGAACCAGGUUCCAAGAAACACACUAUUCUAAUCACAUUCCUGUCACAUCCAGCUUUCUCCGAGAACUGAACUUAGCGACGAAAAGAUUAGGAAUAAUGAGAUAUAAACGGGUGGAUCGAACUUAACUCGCUGCCCUGCUAUUUACCAUUUAUUGGUGGUGGUGAAUGAAUUUUAAGCCUCUGCUGCUUCUUCCAGGUGAAGGUGGAGAGGUUGAGGGCGUCGGCACACGAGAGGCUCAUGACCAGGCUAGCGGCGGCGAGGCACGAGGCCGAGGAGAGGCGGGCGGCGGCGGAGGCCCGCAGGAACCGGCGGGCCUCGAGAACCGCUCGCCAGGUGGAGUACAUCAGACGGACCGGCCGCGUCCCCUCCGCCGCUGCUGCAGUCUUCUCCCGCUGCUGGGGCCGUUCCCCUUGA